GCGUGCGCCGUGAGGAGUGCGCCAGAGGCCGUGCGCUGCGCUCGCUUCGCCCGCUCGCCGUCGUCGCGGCCGCCGAGGAGAAUCCGAUAUUAAUAAAGCAGCGGGAAGAAGAAAUAUGAAUAAGGCUCCUUCAAGGUCCAGCCCAGCACGAAGAGAGGCCUUGCCCUUCGGAGAGAGAGAUGGACGACGCGACCGCUCUCCAAAUCGCCACAGCCUUCCGAGAGAAGCUCAAGAAAGCCGGAACGGCAGAGAUUCCCGGGAUGCGCGGGGGAGAGAUGUGCGCAGCAGCGGCAGAGAGCCGAGAGACUUCCGGGACCCCAGAGACCUAAGGGACCCUCAGGACACCCGAGAGCCGCAUUACGAACACUAUAGGGAGCCUCCCUACAGGCGAGAGGAGGGCUAUGACCGCUAUUUGCGCCCAGACGAUUAUUACCGGAGGAGGGAUGACCAGUACUACGACCGCUACCAAGACCAGUUGGACAGACCCACCUUGAGCACUGAAGAGCGCAUGAAGCGGGAGGAGCGGCGCCGGGAAGAGCUGUAUCGCCAGUUCUUUGAGGACAUCAAGCGGCGCAUUGAUUCGGAGCGGCCGGUGGACUGCUCAGUGAUCGUGGUCAACAAGCAGACUAAGGAGUAUGCGGAAUCCGUGGGGCGCAAGGUGCGCGACCUUGGCAUGAUGGUGGACCUGAUCUUCCUCAACUCGGAGAUGUCUUUGCAGCAAGCCCUGGACGAUGUGAGCCGCGGGGGCUCUGCCUUUGCCAUUGUCAUCACCCAGCAGCACCAGGUUCACCACUCCUGCACCGUCAACAUCAUGUUUGGCACCCCGCAAGAGCACAGGAACAUGCCACAGGCGGACGCCAUGGUGCUGGUGGCAAGGAACUACGAGCGCUACAAGACGGAGGUCCGGGAGAAGGAGCGCGAGAUCAUCGCCAGGCAGGCCGCCAAGAUGGCAGACGAAACCAUUCUGCAGGAGCGGGACCGCCCCCAGCAGGGGGAGGAGGGGCUCCGCGGGGGCCACCCCCCGGGCAUCCAGACGCUCCUGAACUUGCUGUGCGACAACCGCUACCUGACCUCCGAGGAGACAGACAAGAUCAUCAACUACCUGAGGGAGCGCAAGGAGCGGCAGCUGAGAGCCACCACGGACUCCCACCCGGCUUCGCACACCCGGCAGCCCCUUGGAGCCUCUUCCGGGGCCUCUCUGGGGACCUCGGCCAGCCUGAGCAGCACCCAGAGCUCUCAGGCCCUCACCUCGGCCCCGGUGGCCUCUACCCCCCAGCAGGAGCUGCAGGCCAAGAUCCUCAGCCUUUUCAACAGCGGGGCAGCCACGGCCACCAGCAGCUCGACCACGGGAGCCUCCCAGAACACCAGCUUCUCCACGGGGCCCAGCACGCAGAACCGGCCCAACGCCACCGGCAGCGGAUUGGGCCAGUCUCAGCAGCGGGCCCCAGCCCAGGGGCCUCAGUUUUCCAGCCACGGGGGUCCCGCCAGGGGGGCAGGCCCUCGGGCCACAGCUCCUCCUCCGGCCUCGCAGCCUCUGUACCAGAACCGCCCGCCAGCCCCCAGCAACGCUUCCGCCUCCAGGCCGGCGCAGUCUUCCGGGAUCAACUUUGACAACCCCAGCGUGCAGAAGGCCCUGGACACGCUGAUCCAGAGCGGGCCGGCCCUCACGCACCUGGUGAACCAGACUGUGGGGCAGGCGCGGCCCGCCCCUUCCUCCCAGCAGCAGCUGGGCUCCUACCAUCGGCACUACUGAGGCCAAGGGCAUCUCUCUCCUGCCUCCUCUCCCCAAGUCUCCCUUUUGUGCAUGCCCCUUCCCAUGCCCACCCUCCAGGAGGCCCCCCUCCCUCACUGGAGCUCUGCCGCCCCCUGUCCUCCACAGGCCAUGGUGCCCUGGGCCGGAGGGGGCUGGGGCAGGCGGGGGCACCCUGCUCCUCCUCCUCAUGCAGAGCCAGAAGGGCUAAGGCGAGUGGUCCAAGGGAGAUCUCUUCCUUCUUUGCUCUAGGGCCACCUCCAUUGAGUGCAGCUGCCAGUGGACUUCAUGAGCCCCCCCCCCCAAUUGCUUCUUUUCAGCAACAGCCACAAAAAUGCAGCCCCAGGCUCUGCUAUGCAGCUCAGGCCUCCCCUGGAUAAAAAGGGCAAGGGAUGUUUUCUCUGUUGGGUGGUCCUGUUGCCCCCUUGAUUUCAUGUUGUACAAACUUGAAUUUGUGUUGGAAACGGGGUGUCUGUUCCUUUGCAGCUGGAGAGGCUUACUUGCGGGGGUUAUUCCUCACCCCCUCUUUCUGUAGAUGUUCUGUUCUUGAAUGGUUUUGUCAUGUAGAUUCCUCUGUAUUGUUAACUGGAGGAUGCCACUUUUUAAUUAAAAAAAGGUAUAUAUACACACA